GACGCGCUUCCUCUAAAGAAGAGGCUCUGAGUGAAAAACAUCGCGAGCUCGAGCCACGAAUUAAACCAUCAAAAUAUCGUAGAUAAACUCCGAUCAGCGGAUUAAACAACACCCAGCAGCUCCAUAAACACUUCAACAACACAGAUUUCAUCAUGCCGCAGAACGAGCACAUCGAAUUACACCGCAAGCGGCAUGGCUACCGUCUGGACCACCACGAGAAGAAGAGGAAGAAGGAGAGCCGUGAAGCCCACGAGCGCUCGCAUAAAGCCAGAAAGAUGAUCGGCCUCAAAGCCAAACUCUACCACAAGCAGAGACACGCUGAGAAGAUCCAGAUGAAGAAGACGAUUAAGAUGCACGAACAGAGGAAGAGCAAACAGAAGGAUGAUGAUAAAACACCAGAAGGGGCGGUGCCUGCUUACCUGCUGGACCGAGAGGGCCAAUCACGCGCCAAAGUUCUGUCCAAUAUGAUCAAACAGAAGAGGAAAGAGAAAGCCGGAAAGUGGGAGGUUCCUCUGCCGAAGGUUCGAGCUCAGGGUGAAACCGAAGUUCUGAAAGUCAUCAGAACAGGAAAGCGACAGAAAAAGGCCUGGAAGAGAAUGGUGACCAAAGUCUGCUUCGUAGGAGACGGUUUCACACGCAAGCCGCCCAAAUAUGAGCGCUUCAUCAGACCUAUGGGUUUGCGGUUUAACAAGGCACACGUCACUCACCCUGAACUGAAGGCCACGUUCUGUUUGCCCAUCCUGGGUGUGAAGAAGAACCCGUCCUCCUCGCUGUACACGACACUCGGGGUCAUCACUAAGGGAACGGUCAUCGAGGUCAACGUCAGCGAGCUCGGAUUGGUCACACAGGGUGGAAAGGUCAUCUGGGGUAAAUACGCCCAGGUGACGAAUAACCCAGAAAACGAUGGCUGUAUUAAUGCUGUGUUGCUGGUUUAAUGGAGACCCUGAACGGUUUAUUAUUGAACUGUGCCCCCGAGUACAGCUGGAAUCUGCUUUUCUCUGGAAAACCCUCAUCAUCAUCGUCAUCCAGGGAAUAUUGAAAUUGCAAGAGAGGAAGAUUUGAAGACCUCUGAUGGAGUUUUGUUUCACCUUUGCAUUGGGAUUCACGUGGAUCAGAAAUAAAGUGCUGUUUAUUUUCAAA